CGUGGCCAUGGACCGGCCCCUGUCGACCUCGGCGGAGGCGGAGGAGGAACUGGAGUGGCAAGUGGCGAGUCGCCGGAGGAAGGCCUGGGCCCAGAGCCGCGGCUCCUGGCAGGCGUCGGAGGCCGAGGACCUGUCCACUGAAGCGACGACGCAGGACGAGGACGACGACGACGACGACGACGCCGGCGACGACCGCGAGGACCUCCCCGACGCCAAGCUGCCGGCGGCCGCCGACCCAGGAAACGUGCCCAACGAGAAGAUCGCCACAUGGCUCAAGGACUGCCGUACGCCUUUGGGAGCCUCGCUGGAUGAGCAAAGCGGUAGUACUCUCAAGGGUGUACUUCUGAGAAAUGGAGGAAGCUUUGAAGAUGAUUUAUUAUUGGGUGCUGAAGCCAACCAACUCCAUGAAUCUGAUGUUCGAAUUGAAAACUGCAGUAAUAUUUUGGCCAAAGAAAGAAGAUUACAGUUUCAUCAGAAAGGGAGAAGUAUGAAUUCCACUGGAUCUGGGAAAAGUAGUGGGACAGUCUCGAGUGUUUCAGAAUUGUUGGAACUUUAUGAGGAAGAUCCUGAAGAAAUUCUUUAUAAUCUUGGAUUUGGACGAGAUGAACCAGAUAUUGCUUCUAAAAUUCCUUCCAGAUUUUUUAAUUCAUCAUCAUUUGCCAGAGGGAUAGAUAUUAAAGUAUUUUUAAGUGCUCAAAUGCAACGGAUGGAAGUAGAAAAUCCAAAUUACGCUUUAACAAGUCGUUUUCGUCAAAUUGAAGUGCUUACUACUGUGGCCAAUGCUUUCUCUUCUUUAUAUUCCCAAGUCUCUGGGACUCCUUUGCAGAGAAUUGGAAGUGUGUCCUCAGUGGCCUCUACUAAGGAGACAGAGUCUCCUCCACCUUUAACCCGAAGUAACACUGCAAAUCGUUUAAUGAAAACACUAUCAAAACUAAAUUUAUGUGUUGAUAAAGCAGAGAAAGGAGAUGCUAGUAGUCCUUCCCCAACAAUUGAUAAAGGAAAGAUUCCGAAUGUGUCAGUGAUUGAAGAGAGUGGCAAUAAAAGUGAUCCAAAGGCUCAAAAAAUUAUGAAGAAGAAAGAUUCAUCUCCUAUGUUGGCUACAGUUACCGAAGAAGUAUCAGGAAGUUCAGCAUCUGUGAUGGAGAGUGCUGACAUUGAUAGAGUUUUUGAUGAAACAAAUAGUCAUUUAAAUCAAGAAAUGGAAAGUGAACAAAAUAAAGACACUCAAAGUCAUGAAAAUAAACUGGGGGAGGAAUCUGGUAUUAUAGAAUCCGAUAUAGGUAGAGUUUUCAGCAUAUCCAGCCACCCUGAGCUAGGAAAUAGCAGUGAGUUGAAAAAUGUAUCCACUCUUGAAAAAGAACCUUGUGUACCACUGGCGAUCCCAUCCAUAAGAAAUAUAAUGGCACAGCAGAAGGACUCCUUUGAAAUGGAAGAGGUUCAAAGUACAGAGGGAGAAGUUCCUCAUGUUCCAGCCAAUUACCAGCUAGGUCUUAACAAAUCAAAGAGAGAUCAUCUGUUACGUACUGCAAGUCAGCAUUCUGACAGCAGUGGUUUUGCAGAAGAUUCAACAGACUGCCUCUCCCUCAAUCACCUCCAGGUUCAUGAGUCCUUGCAAGCCAUGGGGAGUAGUGCUGAUAGUUGUGACAGUGAGACAACAGUUACAUCAUUUGGUGAAGACCUCGUCACACCAACAGUCCAAGACCAGCCUUAUUUUAAUGAGUCUGAGGAGGAGUCUCUUAGCCCUCUUCAGAAAGGAAGAGAGAAAGCAGCAAAAAUUGCUGACAAAAGAAGGUCACAAAGCCAGGAUGUCUCCCAGUGCGAAACUGUUGAGAGUACAGGAAAUAAACAGUCCACCUGUAGUGCAGGGGAUCAAGUUACUGAAGUUACUGAAACAAAAGAGGGUUUAUCUCCAACACAGUCUGAGGAACUGCUGAGGGAAGCAAGUGACGAUAAAAGCAGCGUAUGUGAAUUUGCUCAGUAUAGCACACAUCAUAUUUUUACAUCAUUGGCUUCUAUUGAAUGCAGUGAAAGGGGCUCUGAAAAUAGCACUGGGACUUCUUCCGUGGACAAAGUUAAUACAGCAUUGCAAAGAGCUCAAAUGAAGGUUUGCGGUCUAUCUAAUCAGAGAAUAGGGCGUAGUCUUAUGAAAUCAAAAGAUUUGUUAAAACAGAGGUACUUAUCAAAGGCUGGAUAUCCUCUAAGAAGGUCUCAGUCUUUACCAACCACCUUACUGAGUCCAGUAAGGGUUGUAUCUUCUGUCAAUGUUCGGUUAUCUCCUGGAAAGGAGACGAGAUGUAGCCCGCCUUCUUUCACCUAUAAGUACACCCCUGAAGAGGAACAACAGUUAGAACAAGAGAUGACAGAACAUGACAGUCAGUCUCUAGUAAAAUCCACUAUUUUCAUCUCUCCAUCGUCUGUGAGGAAAGAUGAAACGUCUCAGAGUGAGGCCAAUCAGAUGGAGGAAUGCCAUCAUCGAAGGACUCCGACCUGCUCACUGUAUACUCCAGCGCCUGUGUCUCAGUCCACCUGCUCCCUGCACUCGCUCCACUCUGAGUGGCAGGAAAGGCCCCUCUGUGAGCACAUGAGAACUCUGAGCACUCACAGUGUUCCCAACAUAUCAGGCGCCACCUGUAAUGCUUUCUCUCCUUUUGGGUGCCCUUACUCACAUCGACAUGCUCCCUUCCGAAAUUGCCCCGUGAACCCUCCUUCUGCCAUCGAAAUGCAGUUACGAAGAGUAUUGCAUGACAUUAGAAACUCAUUGCAGAAUCUUUCCCAGUAUCCUAUGAUGAGAGGAGCUGACCUUGCUGCUGCUUCAUAUAGUACUCAGAAAUCAUCUGUUCUACCUCUUUAUGAAAAUACUUUUCAGGAGCUUCAGGUAAUGAGGCGAAGCCUAAAUUUGUUUAGAACACAAAUGAUGGAUUUAGAAUUGGCAAUGCUGCGUCAGCAAACCAUGGUUUAUCAUCAUAUGACUGAGGAGGAAAGGUAUGAAGUUGAUCAGCUCCAAAGUUUGAGAAAUUCAGUCCGAAUGGAACUUCAGGAGCUGGAACUGCAACUGGAGGAGCGCCUGUUGGGGCUGGAAGAGCAGCUGCGUGUGCGCACUCCUUCUCCUUUCCAGUCCUCGGCACUCCUGGGGAUGUGUGGCAGUAGAAGCGCAGAUAACUUGUCAUGCCCUUCUCCUUUGAAUGUAUUGGAACCAGUCACUGAAUUGAUGCGAGAACAGUCAUAUUUGAAGUCUGAAUUGGGCUUGGGACUUGGAGAAAUGGGAUUUGAAAUUCCUCCUGGAGAGAGCUCAGAAUCUGUUUUCUCCCAGGCUACAUCAGAGUCGUCCUCUGUCUGUUCUGGUCCUUCUCGUGCUAACAGAAGAACUGGAAUACCUUCUGGUGACUCACCUCUCAAACCCAAGACCCACCUGGGACCGAGGAAGAAGGUAUUCCGGGCAUCAGUAGCCCUCACACCAACUGCUCCUUCUAGAACAGGCUCUGUACAGACUCCGCCAGAUGUGGAAAGCUCUGAGGAAGCUGGAGCAGCUGAAGAAGCCUCAGAGACUGGAGGACAGAAAUCUGAAGGGGACGAAGAGUAUGGGAAGAUCCCAUUAAUGCCAGCUGCUGCUGAAGAAAUGCAUAAAAAUGUGGAACAAGAUGAGUUGCAACAAGUCAUACGGGAGAUUAAAGAGUCCAUUGUUGGGGAAAUUAGACGGGAAAUUGUAAGUGGACUGUUGGCAGCAGUAUCUUCAAGUAAAGCAUCCACUUCUAAGCCAGAUAGUCAUUAAAUGGAAUUAAUAGGUUGGCCUGGAUACUAUUAGCUCUGUGAUAAUGGAAAUUACAAUGUUAUACACUGGUGGAGGUAUUUGUGCUUCAGAAGAUAUUUGCUGCUGAGCUGGGAUACUGUAUACAGUGUACUAUGUUUAUUAUAUGUGUAUCUUUUUUAAAAUAUAUAAAAAUGGGCAUCUUUCUCACUUCUACAUUUUCAAAACUGUAGCUAUUUGAGAAACCUAAUAUUUAUUUGUAUAUCUAUAUUUUCCAAUUGAUUUCCUCUGUAGAAUUAAUUUUAAAACUUGAAAACUUCCAAACUUAACAACUUAAAUAUCUUUUUUUUCAUACUAGCUUCUUAAAACACUGACCUCUAUGAGGUAUUUACUGUGCAAUAACUCAUACAUUUUUGAGAGCCUGAAACAACCAAUGAUUUUCUUUCCACUGCUGUUAAUUAGUGUCACUUCCAAGAAGAAAAUUGUUCUGUUGUAAAAAUUGCUCUUAAUUCUUGAGGAGGUUACUAAUAGCAGUAGGAUAAAAUUAUAUGAUGUUAUCUGUAACUACUUCAUGUUCUUACACUGUAAGUUACUUUUCUCAAGCUAAAUAUAAUUUUAUUAUAGCUUAUAUAGUAUUUUUCUUUUGGAAAUGUGCCUUGUGUUUAAACACUAUGUACUUUUUGCAUUUUCCAGAUUUCUUUAUAAUAAGGAAAUGUUUCUUCCUUCUCUCUUUCAGACUACAUAGUUGACCUUUACCAAAAUAGUGGAGCUUGUGACUUGAUUAGAUAGAACUGCAUAAAUUGGUUUAGUUUUUACAAAAUGGAAGUAAUUUAAAUUUAUUUUAUUCAUAAGAGAUGGUUUUAAUCUAGUAUCAACAAGUAACAUUUUAUAGAAAAAGAAGGAAGGUAGUUUCCUAUUUGGUUUUAUAUGUGUUAAAUAAAUGCAUGAAGUAACAAGCAAAUGUUUUUGGAAUUAUUCUUUUAGCAUUCAUAAUUUUCAAUUCCUAUUAAAUUUCUUUGUGUGAAAUUUUAAUCAAAAGUGACUGAAAUGUUAGUAAUAUUCUUUGAAAGAAUAUCCAAAAGGUUGUAAAUGCUUGAAUUAUCACACAAGGGCUGAUUUCUAAAAGAGUAAUUAAAGCAAUAAAGUAUUUAUUUUGCCUAAUGU